AUGGAUCCUCCAACAGUACCACCGGCUCCAACACCGAAGCCGACCGCCCUGCCCUCCCUCAAACCCCUCCCAAAGACCCCUCACACCUUCCAAACCCCCACCAAGCGAAUCAACACCGGCACCGACCUCGCGACGUUCCUCACAACCACCGCCUACCGCGAUAUCCUCCUCUUCCUCCUCCAGCUCAACCGCUCCCUCUGCCCGCGCCGGUCCCCCGGCGGCGGCCCCGCGACGACGUACCCCCUCACAUCCGUCCCCGCGGGCGACCGCCUCCCGGCGCCGAUAAAGGCCCUCCAGAACCUCCUCUCCGCCGCCGAGGCUCUGAUCGAGCUCGCGCCCCCCGACCCGGGCCCCCGACGCUUCGGCAACGUCUCCUUCCGCAAGUGGCACGAGCUCCUCGCCGAGCGCGCCCCGGCCCUCCUGUCCGAGCACCUCCCCGCCCCCGUCCUCUCCUUCCCGACGACGCCGUCCUCCGAGCCGCCCUCCGCCGAGCUCCUCUCCUACCUCCUGGGCUCCUUCGGCUCCUCCCAGCGCCUCGACUACGGCACGGGCCACGAGCUCGCCUUCCUCGCCUUCCUCGGCUCGCUCUACAAGCUCUCCUUCUUCAGCGACGGCCACGACACCAAGGACCCCUCCGAAACGGACCGCGCCAUCGUCCUCGGCGUCAUCGAGCCCUACCUCCGCGUCGUCCGCAAGCUCAUCCUCACCUACACCCUCGAGCCCGCCGGCUCCCACGGCGUGUGGGGUCUCGACGACCACUCCUUCCUGCCCUACAUCUUCGGCUCCGCGCAGCUGACGGCGCCCAUCACGCAAGGGUCCGCGGAGCCGAUGCCGAUGGAGGGGUCCGUCCGCGGGGCGCCCAAGACGGGGGACAUCGUCAAGGCCGCGGUGAUGGACGAGCAGCGGGGCGAGAACAUGUACUUCUCCGCCGUGGGCUUCAUCAACGACGUCAAGAAGGGCCCGUUCUGGGAGCACAGCCCCAUCCUGUUCGACGUCUCCGGCGUCCAGGCCGGCUGGGGCAAGAUCAACAAGGGCAUGCUCAAGAUGUUCAACGCGGAGGUGUUGCAAAAGUUCCCCGUCGUCCAGCACUUCACCUUCGGCUCCCUCUUCUCGUGGGACCAAGACCCCGACGCCGCGCCAGUUGCUCAGUCUGUGCACGCGGCGAACCAGCCCUCGUAUAACUACCCCGCGACGACUGCGCCUCCGCCGCCGCAGGGAGCGGGAACGGCUGCGCCGUGGGCGGCGGGUGGUGCGACGAGAGCUGCACCGCCGGGCUCAGGUACGGCGGCGCCGUGGGCUGCUGGUGCGGGUAGGAUGCCUCCCCAGGGUGGAAUCCCGUACUCGCGACAGCCACCGGCGGCGGCCGCACGGGCACCCCCCGCACCGGGAAUGCUCCCAAUGCCGGUACCGGGUGCGCAACAGGGCGGUAGCGGGUCGACGGAUGCGCAGGUCACGCUGACCAAGGCGCCAUGGGCGAAAUGA